CUAACGCAUAGCGGCUGGGUUUGCCGCGUUGACAAGCGUCAAUAUAGCGACUGUACAAGCAGUUUAUUCGCUUGAAUUUUGUAAAAAAAAAUCUAGCGCAUUAAUUUAGUGAUCCGCAGCACGCACGUCGCCAGGGGAGGUUGCAUUUGUCACCUGUGCACUGGCGCUGAAACUCGGGCGAAUCUUGUGCAGGAGGCAGAAAUGGAUAUAUACUGUCCUGUCAAAUAGCAGUCCGAGUUUCUUGGCCCUGCUGCUCGUGGAUGUCUGCUAAACAUGAAUCCUGUCAGCUAUCAAAACAUGGCAUCAUCUGUGAACGGUGGAUAUCAGAAUCUGGGCUUGGACCGAGUGUUAACCACUUCAAAUGUGAUGUAUUGUGAGAAAUGUGGAUUCCCUUCUACAGAUGCUGCAGCCUUCAAGAAACACAUGAUGGAGCAUAUGGGGACAAGAUUUUACUGUCUUUAUUGCAACCAUGUGGCAUACAGCGAGGCAGAGUUAAAUAUUCAUCAGAAGCAACACGGCACAAUAUAUCCCUUCAAAUGUCAUCACUGUGGGCAGGGAUACAUGAGGAGGCUCUGCCUUGUAAAGCACAUCGAGCGUUUACAUAGUAAAGAUGCUGCUCAAGGACCUGUGAAAGCAGACAUGGUGAAACUCACACAUGCACCUGUUUCGCGUGCAUCUCCAAGUGCUGAACCGCCACCAGUUCGACCACUUGUUCGGGUGACUGUCCCAACUCCCAGCACACCUAUUACCAUACCAGGAAAAGUUGAACAGAGAGGGAAACCACUGGACAGCACUGUAUCAGUUGCCACUAAAGGUGAUACAGAACACCCAUCUCCUUUAAAUGGGCUCAUUCAGCACAACAGGGCUCUGACUGUUUCCCUUCCAGAAGAAGUGUCAAUCCCUGCUGGCUGCUUGGUAGAACUAGUUGAGGUGAAAACUGUCAAUGGUUCGAAGGAGCUAAAGCUGAGACUUGUCUCUCAGCAAGAAAAUGAGUCCGCAACAAAAGACACAAGAACCACAGUCUUACAAAACCCAUCACCAGGAAAGCCAUUAUCAUCUAACUUAAGUAAUCCAAACUCAAUGAGGUCGGCGAGUAUGGGAAUGUGCACAGUUAACCGCAAACAGUGUGAAACAAAGAAUGUGAAUGUGGACCAUCCUCCCCAUCCAGUCAGCAUUCCCAAAAUCCUUCCAGUUCAAUCGGUCAAAGAAAAAUGCAGUUUAAAAAGAACAUCGCCAGAGAUUACUAACGCUGUCAUUCCAGUUAAGGUUUCUAAAACCAUCCCAAGUCCAGUAAGAGAAGGAAACUGUGGGAUUAAAUAUUCGCAGCGAGAACUUAUAAAUCCGAAAGCAGCACAUUCUUCUACUGUUUACCCCAGCAGAAUUACCAACAGAUUGACAAGUAACAUGCAUACAGAAAAAAUGGGAACAUGUGUUCCUCAGAGAGUAGCUGAUGAGAGGAAGAAUUUUAUUCCAGAGCCUUCCCAAAGCAUCCAGCCUCGGAGGGCAAGUGACACCACAGGUAAUCACCGAGAUGUGUCGAAGACCAUUAAGGUGGAGCCUGAGCAAGUUUGUCUUAAAGGCAGCACAGCUUUAGAAAUGAGAAAAGAUGUAGUGUGUCUGAACCAACAGAGCCUGAAACCACCAGCUGUUUCCUUGGGUGUUCCUCUAGCUGCAAGUUCUCAAGGAACACUGUCUGCUCUUUUGGCUCGAAAGGAAAGGGGCAACACUGCAAGUCCAUCUUUUCAGAUACCUGGAACUGUUCGUAGGACUCUGAAUGGGCCAUCAUCUGUCACACAGCCAGUGGUGAAGAAUGUUACAAGUCUAGCAGGUGUAAAGAUGGCUGGUUGGUCACAGGCAGCUCGAUCAAGUGAGAGGGCGGCUGCAGCAGACAAGCGGGAACCUGAGAGCUUUCCAGUGAUUUCCUCAGUGUUUUCAUUAAGCCAGCAUCCUGAAGAUGUCCAGAGCUCUAUUAAGCCACUAGUUAUCGCUCUCCGAGGCAUAGUGAUGAACAAAAGUAACUGCUCUGACAACUCAACUGUAAGUAACGCUGAGCCAGCAAGCUCAAGCAAGGAUUACACAAAGGAAAGGCCAACGUCAAGAUGCUCUGCACUGGCGGUCAUGAAAGCCUUCCCCUCCACCAAUCAGUCGUUGAUGAAGCAGACCGGCGAAUCUGUGAAAAGUGAAGAGAGUGACAAAACUACUCGGGACACUCCUACACGAAUCAAGAAUCUGGUCAGUGUUAAGGAGGAAGGACAGGUUGCUACAUUUGUGACUGGCAAUAAAAGUUCUCAAAAUCUAGCUUUGAAUGCUACAUCUUUGAAAUAUCAGGAAACCGUUUCGGAAGCAAUUUCUGCAGACCCUGCCCGGCCGAUAUGUCUUACUGAGCAGUAUGAGCGCGAUGCGUCCUCCAGGUUUAUGACUGUCUCUUUGAAAAAGGUACAAGUAGGUGUGUGGAAAAAGUGCAAGAAAAGGCUAAAACUUAAGAUAACGAACUGUAAAACUCAGCCACCCAAUGGCGGUCUAAAUGAUUGCGCUGUUUACCACCCGAUGCCGCUGAAGGUGGACCAACUUGUGAAACGCCCAAGCCAGUACCAGCCGGUGGUGGUGCUCAAUCACCCCAAACCCCGGGCCCCCUUAAGCGGAAUGAGCACAGCCAAUGUUAGUGUCACAGGAUCCUCUGAGGUUGUUCCAAAGUGCCAAAUCUUGAAAAUGAGGCUGAGCAAAGUCAUGGGGCAGAAAUACGAGGUAAUGGGAUGCACCGUAAGGGUCUUGACAUGAAACUGUCAGACGAUAUGCCAAAAGACACAAAGGCUGUAAAUUUAUGAGGAAACUGCUAGUGUUAUGACAAGAAGUCCACUUCAGGAAUAGACAAAAUAUUAAGGUAAUUAUUUUCUGAAUGGGGAGGAUGAGAUGUAGAUGGGGACUUUUGAAACUCACUGAAGACUAGAUCAGAUGUUUGUAUAGUUUUAGGAUGUGGAUUAUUCUAGUGCAAUGCAGUUUGACUGCCUUGAGAGUGCGAACACAGACCACUUUGCUGUAUGUAUUUGACUGCAGUCAUAAACACAGAAAUGUCACUGUUCCAAAUGUUUCUGACGCAACCGAAGUGUCAGCAUUGGGUCAUUGAUGCAUGCUGUUAAUUUAAAGAGGUCAGUUAUUUAUUUUUUAUACGCAGCAGUAAUGUUUCAUUGUUCAUAUGACUCAGUGUCCAGAAUUGACACCCUGAGGCUUUCCUGAUUUGUGUAGGAGCCCUGAGGUUGUUGCUUAAAUUGGCAUAAUGACAACAUAGUCUAAGUAAUUGUUAUUCACAGGUACUGCAGGUCUUUGAAUGUAGUUGAGCAAGGUGGAUGAUGGAAAAGGUGUGAUCAAAUAUUUAGUUGCUGCCAACAUUAAGGCAAAAUCUUCGCAUGUAGUCGACACCAAACCUACUGCAAUUAAAGUAUUUAUCCCCAUUAAUCUCAUGUUGUUCACUCCUAGAUCUGAAGGACUGUCCAAGUCAGACAGAAAAGAAAAAAGUCCUCUUCUUUGACACAUCCAUGAAAACACUGAGCACUUAUAAGGCUGCAAAAUGUUCUGCCCACCCACCCCCAUUUUUUUUUU